AACUGAGUUUUCUUCUGCAUGUAACGGUUUGUCAUGAAACGUUUUGUUAUUGAACUGAAUCCGAUUUCCGCAUUAAUGGUUUAUCAUUAAAAGUCCGUUACGCUUACAUGGUUUAUCUGGCAUGCUUCAAAGUUUUACCCAAGGGCUAUCCAUAUUUACUUACUGAGUUUAUCUCAUAGUUUUCCUUGUCUACCAUUUCAGGAAGUGAAAGGGAGGACGGGGGAAUCAAGGGGAGUGACAAGUUAGAAGGCUAGCCAUUUUGAGAUUGAGCAUAGAUUUAGAAAUAAAUCAUGAUCUUGUAUUUGGAGAUUUUAUUGGAGAUUUAUGAUAUCAAAGAGAUUUUAUAAUUUGAUCUUCAGAUUUUGAUGGUAUUAGUUUGUGAUUUGAAUAAGUUCCGAGCCUUAUGCACUUGUGGGACCCGUCUCACGAGUGCACGGCGUCUGUCGCGCCUCAAAUUUGGGUUCUGGGGCGUGACAGCUAGUGAGGUGACAAUGGAAAACUAAACAUUUUUGUAAUAUAUGUAACUUCUAUUUAUUUCAGAUGAUAAAUCAAAAUUCUUCACGUGUAAUUCAUCAUGGAGGAAAGAUAGUGCAUGAUGAAAAGAAAGGCAUAGAAAGGCACAGAGUAUAAGGGUGGAAAAGUUAGUUAUGUUGACUUGAUAAAUGUUGAUAAGAUUUCUUGGCUUGAAUUAAAGGAUAUGCUUAAG